CCUAACUGACCGACCGGUGGGAAAGGUACGACGGCAACGAUAGCGGAGAAGAAGGUUCUCCGCCACGAUUCAGGAAGCCCGGCGAGAUCGACCUCGCUUCAUGGCGCAGAUCCCCAAUCUCGACAACGCCCCUGUCAAUCUUGCUUCCCUCAGGGAGCAAUCGCAGAAGGAUCUUCUCAACAUUCUCAAGAAUAUUCGAGGGAAGAAAUGUCUCGUCAUCGAUCCGAAGAUUGGUGGAUCACUUUCGCUUUUGAUCCAGACGUCGCUUCUCAGGGAAAAUGAUGCUGAAUUGCGACAUCUCUCUGCAGAGCCUGUUCAAACCGAAUGCUCCAAGAUUCUGUAUCUUGUGCGACCGCAGAUCAAUUUAAUGAAGUUUAUCUCAUCCAACAUUCAGUACGAUCUUUCCAAAGGAGUCCAGAGGGAAUAUUUUGUUUAUUUUGUUCCACGUCGGACAGUUGUCUGUGAGAAGAUCUUUGAAGAGGAAAAGGUUCAUCAUAUAUUGACUAUUGGAGAAUACCCUUUUUACUUGUUGCCAUUGGAUGAGGAUGUUCUAUCUUUUGAACUUGAUCUUGCAUACAAGGAGUGCUAUGUUGAUGGCGACACAAGUUCGGUUUGGCAUAUUGCAAAAGCUAUUCAUAAGCUGGAGUUUUCCUUUGGGAUAGUACCAAAUGUGAGGGCUAAAGGGAGGGCAGCAACAAAGGUUGCUGACAUUUUAAAUAGCUUGCAAGUGGAAGAGCCUGUUAACGCAGCUGAUAUGGGAAUUCCUGAGAUAAACACACUUAUUUUGCUGGAUCGUGAGGUUGAUAUGGUGACACCUAUGUGCUUUCAGCUUACAUAUGAAGGACUGCUAGAUGAGAUCUUGCAAAUUAAUAAUGGGUCUGUGGAGGUUGAUGGUACUGUAAUGGGCCAACAAGAUGGAAAGAAGAUUAAGGUUCCCCUGAACUCGAGUGACAAGUUGUACAAGGAAAUCCGGGAUAUGAACUAUGAAGUUGUGGUUCAGGUUCUGCGCCAAAAGGCAACUUCAAUCCAACAAGACUAUGCAGAAGUAAAAUCUACUUCUCAAUCUGUAUCUAAGCUGAGGGAUUUUGCUAAAAAGUUGUAUUCAGUACCAGAAAUAGCUAGGCAUGUAAAUCUCGCCCAUCAUUUGCAAUCUUUUACUUGCAAACCAUCAUUCCAUGCUCGACUAGACAUAGAACAAACAAUUCUUGAGCUUCAGAAUUUUGAAGCAUGUUUUGAGUACAUUGAGGAGAUGAUCCACAAACAGGAACCACUUGUCAAUGUGCUACGGUUGCUGGUGUUAUUUUCCAUUACUAACUCUGGUCUUCCUAAAAAGAACUUUGAUUAUUUGAGGAGAGAGAUACUCCAUAGCUAUGGAUUUGAGCAUAUGCCCACAUUGUAUAAUCUGGAAAAGGCAGGCCUCUUUAAGAAACAGGAAUCUAAAAGCAACUGGCUUACUAUUGCUCGAGCUUUGCAACUUAUUGUUGAGGACACUGAAACGGCCAACCCCAAUGAUAUCUCGUACAUAUUUUCUGGAUAUGCACCUCUUAGCAUUCGGCUCAUACAACAUGCGAUUCGAUCUGGAUGGCGCUCUAUUGAAGAAAUAAUGAAGCUGUUACCAGGACCUCAUGUGGAUCUAAAGAGGGGUGCUUCCAGUUACAGUUCAUUAGACGCAAAUCCCAUUUUCCAAUCUAAUCUUGACAGGGUUGCUGACGGACGCCGGUCCUUAGCUUUGGUGAUCUUCAUUGGAGGAGUAACUUAUGCGGAAAUUGCUGCUCUUCGUUUUCUUAGUUCACAGGAAGGAAUGGGAUAUGACUUCAUUGUUGGGACUACAAAAAUGGUAAAUGGGACCACAAUGCUUGAAACUCUUAUGAUGAACAACGUUUAAGGGGGAAAACCACCUUGAUGUGUUUGACUGAGCCAUUAGUGUCCUAAUGUUUCAUUCAGAAAGACCAGCAUAGCUUCAUAUGCUACUGGGCACUUUUUGACUGGACCGGCUGGAGUGAGCCUGUUUCCCUCGAAAGGACCUUUGAUUAUCUGAAAGUGGUUUUGAUUGUAGAAACUUUAACAGUGUACAAAGAAAGGUGAUUUGUUGUUAGUAUUCAGGUUUCAAGAACCGAAAAACAAAUUGAUUGCACAAUCACAUGUAAUAUUUUAUUGUAACUAUUUGAACAAUUGGAUAUAAACAGUGUUGAGAACGUGUUUUUGCAUCA